UGCUAUCAGUUACAAGUACAGAUAGCAACACUGCCUUGGGAUACAAACAAAUAAUGGGGACUGUUUAAUCCUUAAAGUAAGAGAAAUGAACAAAUUUGCCACGUAAUAAACAGAAAUGUCUACGAAAAAUCUUCUCGUGAACGAGGAGUCCCCACCUUCUUAUCAGUCCAUAUACCCAGCGGAAGUAACCAUAACAACAGAGCAGAAUGACAUUCAAACCACUGUGACCCCCCAGUCUGUCAUAGACCCUGACACAGAAACACACAUUUAUAAACGGCGCUGGUAUGUGUUAAUAGUGUAUUCUCUGCUGGCCUUUACACAAGGGGGUUACUGGAACACGUGGGGACCAAUCGCUGCGACCUCUGAGGACGCGUUCGGUUGGUCUGACGCGGACAUCGCCCUCUUGUCGAACUGGGGACCUAUAUCAUAUGUUCUGGCUGCUUUCGUCAUGUCAUGGGUUGUUGAUGUUAAGGGACUUAGAUGGUCGUGCUUAAGUACGGCGGUUAUGGUAGCCCUCGGUGCUGGAGUGAGAUGUAUAACAGACCAGCCUCCAUAUGUUACAUGGACGGUUAAUAUUGGUCAGUUUCUGAAUGGUUUGGCGGGCCCGGUUGCCAUGGGUGUUCCGCCGGCUUUGUCAGCAUUGUGGUUUCCUGUCAAAGAACGCACAACAGCCACAGCACUUGCCACUGUUCUUAAUGGCAUAGGUGUUGGCGUCUCCUUCUCGCUUGGUCCAUAUAUGGUAAAAGACAGAACAUCAGAUACUAACUCUACAGUGAGUAAUACCUCGAGGACUAAUAUGACAGAUGAUGAUAGAAUUUCACAAGAAAGACACGAUAUUAUGAUAUAUAUGUAUGUAGAAGCUGCCUGGGCCGCCUUUAUUCUCCUGUUGAUACUCAUUUACUUCCCAGCUAAGCCCCCCAAACCUCCGACACUAUCAGCUUCCAUGGAGCGCAUGGACUUCAAGGCUGGCGCCAAGUGUCUUGUCAGAAAUGUGCGGUUUUGGAUUAUAUGUGCUACAUAUGGUAUAUCUCUGGGAGUCUUUAACUGUUGGCAGAGUGUUCUUGAUGUCAUCCUUAAACCUCACAACAUAGACGAGAACGAGGCAGGGUGGUUGGGUUUUUAUUCCAUUCUUGCGGGUUGUGUUGGAUCUGUAAUAUUAGCAAAAUUUGCAGACGUGUUUUCACGUCACAUGAAGAUGUUUCUGUUGCUUCUGUACAUAAGCGGAAGUGCGUGUUUCGUCUGGUUUACUCUUCUCAUCAAUGGAACCAUUCCAGACUCCACAUAUUCCUUGUAUGCCGCCAUUAUCCUUGCCACACUCCUCCUUAACGCCAGCGUGCCCCUUUAUUACGAGAUGGCGUGUGAAGUAACUUACCCUGUGGCGGAGGGAAUCACCAACUUUGUCCUGACUCUCGUCAAUAACAUAGGGGGACUGGUAUUUCUUCUCGUCGGCAUGAUACCCCAUAUAGGGACUGCUUGGGCGAACUGGGCGUGUCUUGGCGCCAUUGUGUCCUGUAUCCCCGUCUUAUUCCUCAUCAAAGAGAAUUACAACCGUCUAGAAGUAGACGAAAUCAAAGGCAAAGAAACGUAACGAAAAUUCUUCAUAGAGAGAAAGAGAAUAUCAAUGAGAUUAUAUUUUGUGUAUUUAUUGAUUUUGAUAUCUUAGAGAAGUAGUCCUGGUACUUAAAAAAAGUGCUCAUUUCUGACUCUGGAAAUGCUCCUGAAAUUCUGGAGAAGACUAUUA